GUCAGCUAGCAUAGUCGUGCGACAUAUGCUCGAUGCAAAUUGAAGUAACACCUGUGAUAUACGGCGGCAAGCAAACAACUGUGCAGUUUGACGUGAAAUUUGAAUACGUUGCGCUUAAUGUUCUGUUUCCGCGACUUAUAUAUGUGAAAUUCAAUUAACUUGUUGUGUACACUGCAGAGUUAGGCGUUUCCCAACGAUAGUUGGAUUGCAGGCUAAAUAAAGGAUAGGACGAUAAAAUAAGAUUGAAAAACAAGCAGAGAUUAUCAGAACUCGAAUGGAAAUAUCUUCUUAUUACAUAAAGGAGUGUUCAAAUCAAGUUAGUUAAGUGGCAAAUGCCUCGGCGAUAAAAUGUACAGAAACGUAUCUAUUAUUGGAGGAAAGUAUUGUCGCGUGGGUACAUGCUUGUUUCGCGAUAGAAUAUUACCAAGAAAUCAAAUCAACUUUCCUUGUGCGAAUCGUCGGAGAAUUUUAGCAAAUUUUUAUCAUAGUAAACAUGGCGUCUAUGGAUACAAACCGAAGACUUAUAAGAAAUAUUACGAAGUAUCCAGAGAAAGUCUGACGUCACGAGCUAAAUACAGCAAUUUUUACAGACUGGUCACAGCCUACAGAGAACAUGGUCACAAACAGGCAAACAUAGAUCCCAUAUCAUUGCAAACACCUAGUCCAUUGCCGGAAUUGAACCUGAAUAAAUUUGGCCUUAAUGGUGACGACAAAGUUUCCUUUCAGGGAAUUUUGAACGCGAAACAAACGGAAGGGUCUGUAAACGAGGCGUUGAGUAUUCUGAAAAACGUUUACACUGGUGCUGUAGGAGUUGAAUUUAGUUAUUUAGAGACUGAAGAGGAAAGAGAAUGGUUCGCGCAAAAUUUCGAAGAGAUCUACAUGGAGCCGUUGGACAGGGAUACGAAGAGGGCAAUAGUUACGGAAAUGCUGAAGAGUCAAACUUUGGACAAAUUUUUGGCUAUAAAAUUUGUAACAUUCAAAAGAUACGGUGGAGAAGGUGCCGAAAGUAUGAUGGGAUUUUUUCACGAAUUCUUCAAGCAAGCAACAGCUGAAAAAUUGGAUCACAUCGUGAUGUGUAUGCCUCAUCGUGGGAGAUUAAAUUUCUUGACCGGAAUGCUGAAGUUUCCCCCAGAGAAACUGUUUCACAAAUUACGAGGCUUUGCAGAGUUUCCAGAAGAUGCUAAAGCGACUGGAGACGUGACAAGUCACUUCACCUCAUCUGUUGAUCUCUCCUUCAAUCAGAGAAACCUACACGUCACUAUGCUGUACAAUCCAUCCCACUUGGAAGCUGUGAACCCUGUUUCAAUGGGAAAAACCAGAGGCGUUAUGCAGGCAGUUGGGGAUGGGGCUUAUUCUCAUGGCGAGGAUUUGGCUUGGAGCGACAAAGUACUGAAUCUGCAGGUUCAUGGCGAUGCAGCGUACGCGGGUCAAGGCGUUAAUCAAGAAUCAUUGGCCCUAUACGCAGCCCCGCAUUUUGAAAUCGGUGGUUCUGUACACUUAAUCGUUAAUAACCAGCUUGGAUUUACAACGCCUGCAGACAGAGGAAGGUCCUCAAGAUAUUGCACCGAUAUAGCUAAAAGCAUAUCUGCUCCAGUUUUGCACGUUAAUGGCGAUGAUCCAGAGAUGGUUGUUCGUGCUACGCGACUUGCUUGUCGAUACCAAAGAAAAUUUAGGAAAGAUGUAUUCGUGGACAUGAACUGCUUCAGAAGAUGGGGACACAACGAACUCGAUGAUCCUACCUUCACGAAUCCCGCGAUUUACAAAAUCAUCCAAACCCGCAAGUCAGUACCGGAUAAAUAUGCAGAAGAACUAAUAAAGGCAGACGUUAUAACGACUGACGAAGCCAAGUCUAUCGUUUCCGAGUAUACAGCUAGGCUCGCAGACUCUCUGAGGCAAGUCGACAAUUACGUACCGGAACCGGUUUAUUUUGGCGGAAGGUGGUCCGAGAUGUCGCAGGCACAAGCUAGCGUUUCCAAAUGGAAUACAGGAGUCGACAGAGAUCUAUUGAGAUUCGUUGCAAGCAAAAGUGUGCAGUGCCAGGAAUUGGAAAUUCAUCCCCAUCUUUUAAAGUCACACGUUGAAGCAAGAUUGAAUAAAGUUUCUGCUGGAUUGAAGAUAGACUGGGCAACUGCCGAGGCAUUGGCCUUCGGGUCUUUACUUCACGAAGGCUACAACGUCAGGAUUAGUGGCCAGGACGUUGGGCGAGGCACGUUUUCGCACAGACAUGCUAUGCUGGUAGAUCAGUCAACGGGUGAUAUUCACAUUCCCCUGAAUUCGAUGACCGAAACCCAAACCGGAAAGCUGGAAUUAGCCAAUAGUAUUUUAUCCGAAGAAGCGGUUCUCGGCUUCGAGUAUGGCUUAAGCAUAGCUUCACCAUCGACCCUUGCGAUAUGGGAGGCGCAAUUCGGGGACUUUUUCAACGGUGCCCAGAUCAUAAUUGACACAUUCGUAAGCAGCGGCGAGGUUAAAUGGAUGACUAGCAGUGGAUUGACCAUCCUACUGCCGCAUGGUUACGAUGGUGCGGGACCGGAACACAGUUCCUGCAGAAUGGAAAGAUUUCUCCAGCUGACCGAUAGCCACGAGGAUAGACCAGACGGAGACGAUGUCAACAUGCAGGUAGCCAACCCAACGACACCGGCGCAGUAUUUUCAUUUGCUCAGAAGACAGAUGGUGCGGAAUUUUAGGAAACCACUUAUCGUAGUGGCACCAAAAAUUCUAAUCCGACAUUCUGCGGCAACUUCCUCGCUGACGGAUAUGGAAACAGGGACAAGUUUUGUCAACGUUAUUGGAGACCCAACGGUCAACCCGGAUGAAGUGAAGAAGGUAAUUCUCGUCAGUGGUAAACAUUACUACGCCCUGAAUAGACACAGAGAAAUUCUCGAGGCUAAAGACGUUGCGAUCGUUAGACUAGAGAGUAUUUGUCCGUUCCCGGUUUUGGAAAUACUUGAAGAGGUUCGAAGGUUCAAGCGUGCUCGAACGUUUAUCUGGAGUCAGGAAGAACCACAAAAUAUGGGAGCGUGGAGUUUCGUAAGACCACGUUUCGAGAACCUGUGUGGACGGCAGUUAAAAUACUCCGGCAGACGGGCAAUGGCUGCACCCGCAACUGGCGUGGGACAAGUACAUCAACGAGAGGCCCAAGAAGUCAUUGUUAGACCCUUCACUAUGGCAUAAAAUAAUUAAGAAAUCGGACAUUGUGUUCGUUUUAAAAUUGAAAAUGAGUCUCAUCGUCAGUUUUGUGACGUAUUGUGGACAUUAGGGAGGUUUUCUUUUCAACUUUUUUGUUUUCUUUUCUAAAAAUUCUAAAAGUUGACGCAUCUGGUUUGAACUUUUCAAACACUCCAACCGAAAUAUCUCGAAAACUGUACAAGUUGGAAAGCUGUAUUUGGUUCCAUUUUGUAGAUAAUCAAAUUUUCUACAAUUAAGGCCGAGACUACUAUACACGUAAAUGUCCAUCUUGGAUUCGAUACGAACGCUUAAAGUUAAGUGCAUUGAAUAAAUGAAUGAAGAUGCUUAUUACCUUGUAAAUUUUUAUGUUUUCUGUGUUCUGAGCUGAUACAAAUAACUUUUCAACCUUUUUUUUUUAUAGAAAAUGUGAUUAUCUACAAUAUGAAACCAAAAAUAGCUUCCCCACUUUUAUUAUAGUUUUCAAGAUAUUUCGGUUAGCGUAUUUGAAAAAUUCAAACUGGAAGAGUCACCUUUUAGAAUUUUACUACCGCGUUCCGGCUUCAUGAGGCUUCGUUUGAGACUAAAAACUAACUUUUCGAAGGGUACGCAAGAAAGAGAAAAUUAAAAUAAAACCAUCCUUGCGGAUAUAUAUGAGAUUACGUGAUCUUAGACCAAACGAUAACAGUACUUAUAAUGUACAGAAAUAAUUUCAAUCUUCAAGUCGUGUUACGACUCGUACGAAGCUAAGGCGCAAAAUUCCACUCAUAUUGAAGAUGUAUGUAAAUGAGUUUUAUUGUUUUUAUAUUUGAAAAUUUGAAUGUUGUAUAAUCAUUAAUUGGCGAAAUUCCCAAACAUUGAUUAAAGAUCUGAAAAAAAUGGAACGUCAUCAAAAGACGGGCGAAUGUUGAUUUUAAAUAAAAUGUUUUUUUCUCAAACUUUUCAUUUGAUUAAUACAACAGAAGAAUAAAUACAUAUCUCAAAUAGAGGUUCGUAUCUGCAUUUAAGUUAUAAUAGUACUUUCCUUUCAAUAAUUUUUAGUUUAUCGAUCUUAACAUCUAUGUCAACAAUUAUCAUGGACACGUAUUUCUGAUGCAGAUUGAAAAAUUAUCAACAAAGGUACAAAAUGACCUGAUGAUAUUAAAAGUUUGGCUAUAGCCAAUAAUUUAAUUUGGAAUAUCAUCGAAGAUUAUGACUAAAUAUUAUCGGUAGUUGAUUAUUUUUUUAAUUUUUAUAUCUAUUAC